AUGGAAGGGUCGCCGACCGCUCCCGAUCCUCCCUCCACAGCAACAGCAGCAACACAUAAUAGCACCAGCAACGCCGCCCUCCCCAUAACCUCAACCAGCGACACUACUUCCUCCUCCUUCUCCGUCCACGAGGACAGCGAUGUGUAUACGGUCUCCACCACCACCACCAAGCGCCCCGGCAUGAGGGCGCAGAGAUCCAGUGGGACCAUAAUAGUACCGAGGGAGCAUCCCAAGGUUGAGUUGAAUGAUGAGGAUGAGGAGUUCGACGACGACGAUGCGCGGGCUAUGAGUCCCAGGCGGAGUAGCCAGGAAAUGGAAAAAAUGAGCCAGGAUGCCCGCGCCGAGUUGGACAAACACGCCAAGGUCCUCCAGAAAUCCCUCCUAGAAAUCUUCAAUCGUAUCGAAGCGGUGAAGGAAGAACACGACAAGCUCGACAACAACAACAAAUUUCUCCAGAAAUACAUUGGGGACCUAAUGUCCACAUCCAAGAUAACGUCGACGGGUGCCAGCGGGAGGAAGAAGUAA